UCGACAUUGUUACAUCCCUAGUUAUCUCGUUUGACGUUUAUCAUUAUCUUUUUGUGAUUAUUUAUUUGUGAAUUGUUAAAAUAAAUAAUUCAAUAGUUUUCGGCUGUUUACCAUGACAAUUUCCGCUCUUACGUGAGCACAACGACCCUAAAAUCCGAAGCGUUUGUUAAAACAACUAAUACUGGUGCGGCUAUGGAAAGAACAAACAGUAACUUCAGCGAUAUGAGUCGUCGAGCCGGGGAGAUCUUUAGGCGUAUAAACAGAGUAUUCGAUGGUCCUUUGACAAGAAAGAAACUAGUUAUCUUAAUCCUCGUGUUAAUAUUCCUGUUACUUUACAUCGGACCCACUAUUUUGAACUCUCUGUUCAAUUCGGAAGGCUCUUUGACGAGUAACCAAAAUGUAUGUCAUCGGAACUUCUUGAACCCCUUUCAAGAUGCUAUUAGUGAGUACGACGCGUAUUUAAGACUAGAAUCAGCCGCUACGCUGUCUACGUUGAGCCACAAUUAUGUGCCUUAUGUGGGUAAUGGGUAUGUAGGCAUGGCGUUAGAACACGAUUCGCAUUUGAACAUAAAACAUGGAAGAACACUAUCGUUGCCGCUGUACUACCACCCUCUGUAUAUAAUAGACGAUCUGGAUAUGAAGGAAUCAACAUUAGUCGACUACAAAAACGGUAUUGUACAUAGAUUUCAAUGUAGCAGUACAGGUAUACAUAUUGCAUAUAAGUACUAUACACACCGGACCAUUCCAUCGUUAUUUGUUCAAGAAAUUUUAAUUAAUAACCCAUUAAAUGUUGCAAAAUCUUUCCAUGUGACCACACCAAGGUUAUCCGACUGGCCGACAUCUGUGAAACAGACAAUAAAAAUUCACCAAGGAGUUGAUAAGAAAGAGUAUGAAGUUGUUACAGGCAUGAUCGCUUUACCCGAGAGUGAGAAUGUAUUAGCCGUGUCCGUUGUAUGCAGAAAGAUGAGUAAUAAUAUCCAAGUCGAAGCUAGAGAUGGUUUAGAUUUGUUGAUUUUUACUACAGUUCAAUAUAGUAAGCCUAUAAAGAGGGCAGAUUAUGCAAAGCAUAAGGACAUAGUGGAGAAACAAGCGAUAGAUGAAAUGGAAAAGGUUAUAGCAUUAACAGGAGAUAGAGUCGCAGUAAGAAAUUUGAGAGAGAAUCAUUCUAGAGUAUGGCAAGGGCUAUGGUACACAGGUUUCUAUAUAUCAGACUCUAAGGCAGAUGGUGUCAUCAACGGAGACAGAAUAAAUGCUACAAUAUAUGCCAUCCUGUCCCAAGUACGAAGUUACGAACAUGAAGAACACAUUAAACUUGUGAGAAAAUCGGAGAUCCUCAGAACUUUAACGUACUCUGAAGGGUGUUAUGAAGGACAUUCUACGUUGGAUGCAUUUAAUUUGUGGAAGCCACUAAACUCCUUAACGAAUUUGGACUCUGUUGCAAGCGUGUGGCUCCUAACUUUAGAGAAGCAAGGCUGUCACAAUUUGUUAAAAGCAGGAGCGAGUGGAGUCAAUCAAGCGAUGAUUCUCAGUUUCGGGAGCUUCCGAUUUAGCAACCAGCAUCUUGAAUACAACAUUCAUCCAUCUAAACUACACAGAGACUUUUUAUUCCGUCGAAUCAACUACGGUAACAUGACUCAUGUGAAUGUAAGCAUAAUUCUCCAAGAGGACAAUAAGGCUGCCAUAUUUGUAGCUUUAGAUAGGUCUGAUAAAACUUAUUAUGCAUGUGAUGCGGGAUGCCUCGACUCCCCAGUCCAAUUAGGACCAUACAGAAAGUAUUUCCCGGUGAAACUUACAGAGCCUUUGACAGCUAUAUUGUAUAUAACAGCAGAUAAGCAGCAUAUGGAAGAUUUAAGGCACGCUAUACAUGUUAAGGAAGUUGUUGAAGCGCCAGCGCAUGAAAAUCAUGUCAUAGCGUUACAUAGACAUGGCCACAGCCUAGGUGGGCUCAACCCGCUAUUUUGGGUUUCCAUUAUAGUUUUAAUAGUUAUGUUCCAUUUGUUCUUGUGUAGGAUAAUAAUGAAUGAGUUUUGUGAUAGUGGCGCAAAUGUUAGCUACAAAAGGUUAUAUAACAAAGCAUAAGACAGUGGUGAUAUAAAGUAGUUAUUAAAAGGUGUUGUCACCAGCUUCAGUAUUCAUUGUUUGAAUAUUUUGCAAUUAUAAGUCGUAUUGUAACUUUGGCUUACAGUAUACACUGCCAAGUUUU